UGGGACGUCUUUGGGCCCCGCGGCGAAAGAACGACCCGCCUGCAUAUCCUUGUCAGUCUUGUUUGACAAGCUGUCUGGGAUGCAUUUGAGCCCUCUUCAUAUCCGCAUGAUGGCUAGGUCUGGGUGCUCUUCUGCCUUACGUACAUGUCUGGGAAGGGACUAGGACGAGUCAGCCAUGGGGUUGUUUGACCUGCCGAGAAUCGACAUGUCGUCCGCUGCCAUUCAAUGCGUGCCCGUCAAAAGAAACUUUCUUUUUCCGCUGGGCAUCUUGUAAUAAAAAGUUCAGCUGAGGAAACCCCCGAAACUGCUCAACAAUACCUGCAUCACUCGAACCUAUAUUUACUACGGGGUUGGGUAGCAGGCUCAUUCCAUUCUAGUUCUAGAUCUAGAACCAGUCGUUGAUUCAUCCGUAAAACCGGACGACUGACAUCUCAAUUCAGGAGACGAGACUUUUAUCCUUUGUUGAGCUGCAUUUUUGCAGCGCUUGCUAGCAGCGGCAAUGGAUCAACAACACGCCUUCAGAAAUGACAAAACUCAGCCCUACAUCAUGUUGGAGGAUACGACGACACCACCAAAACUGGCCGAGGCAUACAUGAGGAGAGGCGAAGAUGGAUUCGGAGGCCCGCAGGGCAACUGGGACAACAAUCAGCAGCGGAGACCACACCAGGACGAGUAUGGGCCACCUUCGUCUAGACAGCUGAGCAGCCCGGAGCCAGCGGAUGGAUUCAAGGGAUUUCCGGCGAAAAGGCCGUCGCUGAAAAAGGCCGUGGCGACCAUGCUGCUCCGGUGGCUCAUCGUGCUGCUCCUCAUUGCAGGCAUCUAUGCCGUCCUGUAUACGUUUUCCAGCGAGCCGGUGCUGAGCAAGAAGAGGAAGCGGGUGUUCAACGCCCUCAUCACCGGCUUCUCCAUCGGGCUCGCCCUGAUGGUGGUUAGCUUCAUGAACAGGAUCGUUGGCGACCUGCGCUGGUUCAUCCUGAGCCGGCGGUCUUUUUCGCACGGAAAAGUAGAGGCCAUUUUGCACGCCCACAGCCUGACGCGCAUUACCAAGUUGAUCAUGAAUUCCAAGCGGAUCCCCGUUUUGGCCGUCGCGUCACUCUGGCUCUUCAUUGCGCUGGCUGCCCAGGUUGCCCUCGCCUCGAUCGGUCUUUGUUUCUCGGUCGAAAACUCAGAGGACAAGGCUUUAUUGGUCCCCGGGGACAUCAUGAUUCGCAACAUGACUGCCAUCUCCACCACGUCUUCGUCGGACACACCCGCGGUUCUGAAAAAGGCUCGACAGUACACUGCCAACAGUUUUGGCGUCUUUUCGCAAGUGUACACCGUGGCCGCGCCCGAAAAAAAGCCCGAGAAGGGUGAUCUCUACUAUGCAGACAAUCCGCUUUACUUUUGCGACCCCGAGCUAGAACAGUCCAACUGCUCGUACGUUUUCCACGAGGUCAACCCCAACACCAUCAACAACAACGAUCGUUUGCCCGUCACGGCCGUCACGGAUCGCUCCAUCGAGGUCAACACCGAAUGCCGCGCCUUCCGCGUCCUCGAGGGCGGCAACGGCACCCGGUCAAACAUCACGGUCCAACUGCCCAACAACCAAAUAGGCGUCGUCAACCUGCCGGUCCGAGGCGGACUCGAUCAAAACACGUACAUGACCGACACGCGAAUCGAAUGCGGGCCGCGCUGCGCCAUCGUCACAAUGUUUGAGGCGGCCUACCCCGAUGCGUGGUGGUACAACUGUACUGUUUCUGUGGGCGACGUCGAGGGUGCGGCCCGGCCCGAGGAGAUGGUGGGCGACGACCUGGCCAGGAUGGCUGCUGCUGGUAUCGCCCUGCAGGGGUUCGCCUCGGUGUCUGCUGAUGCGCCUUCGGGCACCCAGAGCAAGGAGACCGAGGUGGUGGUCCAGUCGCAGGUUUACCCUUCAGAGAACCUGUACGGGACACCAUUCAGCGGCGCAGUCAAGACCUUGGCUGCCACCAUGUCGAGGUUCGCCACCGGAGUCAUUGCCAUCGCCGCCGAGAACAACGACGCAAUCGUCCUACCGGGGAUGAUGCCCGAGAUUGGGAACAAGCUCAAGAUGGAGCACUGGCCCAUCAUCCAUGUGAUACUGAUUGCCACAGCAAUCGGGUUGCUCGUGCUUGGUUUGACCGGCGUGUUACUUGCGCACAAGAUUGUCAUUCCAUCGCAGUCGCCCAUUGUCGAGGCUCAGGUGCUCAAGUCCAUGGUCAAGGCCGCCGUCCGCUACACAGAGACGGGUCUCCAGAAGCAAUCGGGAGGCGACAGCACGACGGGAAGGAAAUCGGCCGAGUCGAACCAAGAAAAGUCAAUGUGGAUAUACAAGGACAAGUAUUGUGGAAACGGGAUAUACGACCUCUACAUGGAGGAGGUGACGCCGUUCAACUGAGCGAUUGAGCCUUUUUGUUUCUGGGAUGAGAUCAUGACGAUUGUUUCUUUUUUUUGGGG